AUGAAGAAGGAUCGAAAGCUCUGUGACAUCAGGUGCAUAAAGGUAGAGAUCAUCCUGAACCAGGAUGCCGAGCAAGUCGAGCACGUCCAUGACUACUGCGAUCCAAAAGGUGAUCUGGACUGUCUUAAAGGACAUCCACACAAGAAGAGGGCUAAUGACAGAAAUCACGCAGUGGCAGCCGCUGCUGCAGGCGAAGACGGGCAUCAAGGAAAUGGUGCAAGAGUGGACUGGGAGCAGAGGGCGCUGGACAAAUUCCAUAUGAUAGUCUUCAUCUUAGGCCUUAAAGAGGUGCUUGACCACGUGGAGGCGAAGCUUGAUGAGGCCGACUGGGAUGAAUCGACAUCAACCAUCAAUAAGGUCUUCGCAAUGGCCCUGAAUGAGAAAGCACAAGUCAGCCAGAUGAAGACCAAGAAGCUGACCACUCACCGAAGAACAGAAAUGGCGAGUGCAGCCAGCGUGAGAAAGACUCAUGCAUGCUACGUCCGUGGGAAGGUCAGGAACACCUGGCCUACCAGUGCCCUGACAAAAAGGCAGAUGAGACUACAUAACUUAGGGACUGAAGUGACUGCCACUAUUGCCACUGCGACUGAGGCUACUACAUGA